UCAAUAGAAAUAUGCAUUUCCAUAAUACCACCUUUGAACUAAUGAAGUGGAAGUACAGAUGAAAACAGUCUGGAGGAAACUUGAAGUACAAUACAGUUUCAUUCAGUUUCCUAAUUCGGAGGAAACAAAGGUGGAAAAGCUACAGAAGCAUCCUUGCAGUCAAGCACCAAAUCCUGUAUUAGGCUUCACCAAGCAGACUGAGCUUAGCAUUUGUCAAGCAGAAGGGCCAGUUGUCCUGCACAGGAAGGAUUAAAAGUGAACAAUGACUCGGUUGAGACUUCAUGAGCAAUUGCUUGGAGCCUAUCUGAUUAUCAUUCUCCAUGUUCAAGGUCAAAAGCUAGACAGCAUGCUUCAUGGUACAGGAAUGAAGACAAAUUCUGACCAAAAGAAACAAGCAAAUGGAGUAACACUUGCUCCAGAGGACACCUUACCUUUUCUUAAAUGCUACUGCUCAGGACAUUGUCCAGAUGAUGCUAUUAACAACACGUGCAUAACUAAUGGGCAUUGCUUUGCUAUCAUUGAGGAGGAUGAACAUGGAGAACCCACGCUUGCUUCUGGCUGCAUGAAGUAUGAAGGUUCAGACUUCCAGUGCAAGGACUCACCUAAAGCUCAGUUACGUCGAACGAUUGAGUGCUGUCGUACUGAUUUCUGCAAUCAGGAUUUGCAACCAACAUUACCACCUCUUGAUAGUACAGAUGGACUUUUUGAUGGCAGCAUUCGUUGGAUGGCAGUGUUGAUUUCUAUGGCAGUCUGCAUAAUUGUCAUGGUCAUCUUAUUUAGCUGCUUUUGUUACAAGCAUUACUGUAAGUCAAUGGCAAAGAGGCACUGUUAUAAUCGUGACCUGGAACAAGAUGAAGCAUUUAUUCCAGCUGGGGAGUCUUUAAAAGACCUUAUUGAUCAGUCACAGAGUUCUGGGAGUGGAUCAGGACUACCACUGUUGGUUCAGCGCACUAUUGCCAAGCAAAUUCAGAUGGUGAGGCAAGUUGGAAAAGGACGAUAUGGUGAAGUGUGGAUGGGCAAAUGGAGGGGUGAAAAAGUGGCAGUCAAAGUGUUUUUCACCACAGAAGAAGCAAGCUGGUUCCGAGAAACAGAGAUUUACCAGACUGUUCUCAUGCGGCACGAAAACAUCCUCGGUUUCAUAGCAGCAGAUAUUAAAGGCACUGGCUCCUGGACACAGCUUUACUUGAUCACAGAUUAUCAUGAAAAUGGCUCAUUGUAUGAUUUUCUGAAGUGCACUACGCUGGACAACAGGGCUCUGCUCAAACUGGCCUAUUCUGCUGCAUGUGGCCUGUGCCACCUGCACACAGAAAUCUAUGGGACACAAGGCAAGCCAGCAAUUGCACACAGGGACCUGAAGAGUAAAAACAUCCUGAUAAAGAAAAACGGAACCUGCUGCAUUGCAGACUUGGGUCUUGCAGUCAAGUUUAACAGUGACACAAAUGAAGUUGACGUUCCCUUGAACACUAGAGUGGGAACAAAACGUUACAUGGCUCCAGAAGUCCUGGAUGAAAGCCUGAACAAAAACCAUUUCCAGCCAUACAUCAUGGCUGACAUCUACAGUUUUGGGCUGAUCAUCUGGGAAAUGGCUCGGCGCUGUGUCACAGGAGGUAUUGUUGAAGAGUAUCAGUUGCCAUAUUAUGACAUGGUGUCAAAUGAUCCAUCCUAUGAAGACAUGAGAGAAGUGGUGUGUGUCAAACGCCUGCGCCCAGUGGUGUCAAACAGAUGGAACAGCGAUGAAUGUCUAAGAGCAAUAUUGAAGUUGAUGUCUGAGUGCUGGGCUCAUAAUCCUGCCUCCAGGCUCACUGCCUUGAGGAUCAAGAAGACACUUGCCAAGAUGGUGGAAUCACAAGAUGUAAAGAUUUGACAUAGGAAAUUGACUUUGGAGAGUAAAGCUGGACUCCCUAGAUCUUUUCACUCAGAUGUGGGUGAAGAAGAGAAAAAUAGAGAAGAGGAAAUAACUGAGAUUCAGUAUAUUUUCUCAGCACACUUCUACAGGCUGCUAAUGAAAUCUUUCAGUACUUCAUAGACCAUGAUACUGAGAGCCUCUAUACACUACGUGCUACAUAUAUGGACAGCCUUGAGAAAAUACACGUUUUGUUUUGGUUUGAGCUGCAUUGAGACUUCAGUCAUACUUAGCGAGUCUCCAGUAAAACUCUGGGUACUGAAUUGAAUGUUCAGAUUACAGUGCUUUCUGUGAAAGCCUAACAAGCUAUAUGGAUUCAACAGAGAUGGAGAAUAUAAGCUUUUUUUUUUUUUUUGCCUUCUACCUGAUAAAACCUAGUCAAUCCAUACUAAGUUUUGGUGAAACAGCCUGUAGGUUACGAAUCUGUUUGUGAUACUACUCAGUUUAACAGUUCUUUAUGCCUUUAUGUGUGUGCCAGGAUUAUUUUGCUGUCAUUUGGAAUAUGUAAGAAAUCAUUUAAAUGAACAAAGAUUUAUGGUCAGGGCUCUGUGCAUUUUGUGGCUCCCCAAUCAGAGAUUAGCUACAGAAUCUUUUGCCAUUAAGUUAUCUUCAGAAAUCUCGGUUUUAAUUUUUUUUUUCUGUUUUUUUAUUUGGUCACAAGGAGAACUACAAAAAUGUGAACCACUAAUUAAUUAAGGAAUGCCUACCUAAAUCUGUAGGGAGCUUGAAACAAUCUCUUCUAGAGAUGUAGGCUGCCUUGAUCAUCUUACUUGCAGUCUAGAGAGAGCUCCAUAAUUGGAUCCCUGAAAUUUCUCGUAUUUUUUCACAGUGCCACAUGCAACCAGCAUUUUUGCCAUAGAAUACUUUACAUCUUAGCAGAGAGACCUUCCUGCUGUAUUGGGACUUGUUGAUAGGUGUCUGUCAUGCUCUGAACAACUUCCCACAAAGAAAGGGACUUGUCAGCUGUCGAAACAUGCUCUUUCAUCAUUUGACAAAACUAGGCAGAAGGUGAGUUUGGAAAGGCUUGAGAACAAGUUUGGUUUACAGACCCAAAAGUGGGAAGGCAGGAAGCUCUGGGUGCUCUGAAGAUUAGAGAGUGCAGUAAAGGUCAAGACCAGGAGAAGUGAGUACGUGAAGAUCAGAUCCACAGCAUGCAGAGGUGGAGCUGGGUUGCUCUGAUGUAGACACAGGAGGCCAUAUCUGUGGGCCACCUAGUGGAAAUGAAGAUUUGAGACAAGGUAAACACUCAGUGGGUGUUGUAGAUUCUAGUUAAGUUUGGGAGGAAUGGCAUUGAAAUUAAUUCAAGAUACAGUAAGUUAGCACAAUUGCAAAACUUGGUUUUAUUGUGCCAACUGUUUGACCUGCACAAGAAACUAAAGUUCCCCCAUUUUCACCACUGACCACACAAGUUGGUUAGAAGCCAGAAUCCUCCAUGAGGUUACUGUAAAGUAGAAUUAUUGAUUUAUAACUCCUUUGGCACUUCUACUUGGAAGUUAGAAAACAGUACCAUAACUCAAGUUGAAGCUUCAAAGCAUGAAUCGUCUGAAGGUUGAACACACAGUAUUGGAACCAUUGAAUCUAUUUGACAAUUUAAGUGCCUAUAACUUUGUACUGUAAAUCCUGUUCUAGAUAACUUUAAAAAGGGAAGUUAUUUAUACAGUGUGUUUUGUGCUUUAGUAAAAAAAAAAAAAAACAAAACAAGAAAUGCCUAGUUUUAGGUACAUGUGUACAAUUAGAUAUAUGCACACAAAUACACGCCAUAGUUGAGAUUUGAAGAGAAAGGUUAAUAAUACCAAAAUUGAUGAAAAAUGCUAAAACUUCAGAUUGAUUUAUGCCAGAUUAUUUGUUGUCUUAAAAUAUUUACAUGGAGAUUGUUUUGAUGUGUUUAAAUUUCCCUUGAAAAUACAACUGAUAAAAAGCAAUGUAACACAGAAGUAAUGGGAUUUGUAAACAAUUACAGCCUUCUAGCAUGUUACUUUUUUGUUUUAAUUCUGUAGUUCCCAUAAUGUAAAUGGUCAGGCAAAAGAUUGCAGUAUUUUUAUUUUCUAUUGUGAUGUACAGACUUUAUUUAACAGUUCUACAUAUUUUAUAGAAAACUAGCUAUUUCGAGGGACUUUUUUUUUUUGUAAAUAAAGUCAUUACUGUUGUU